AUGUGCGCCUCAGUUAACAGAAAUAAGCCGGUACAGAAGCGUCCUGGAAGCGCAAUAAAUUCCUCUAGAAGGUCAAGCAUCGCUUCUUCAGCAAGAUCUGCCAAAUCAGCAAGGUCGAAUCGCGCCGAAGAGCUACAUAAAUUGCUCAACGAGCGCCAGAGACCAAUCGCAAACUUCCAGGUACCCACAGUUGAACACAAGAAGGACCUCCAUGCUCCUCACUUAUCAGCAAAGACACACCUGGCCUCAAAACCACAUUCUGCUGCCAAGCCCACGGAGAACAAGAAAACUGAGGAAAAGGACAAGAAGUCGAUUAAGAAGGUGAAGAAGUCCGAGGGAAAAGGUUUUUUCCACAGACUCUUCCACUCAUUUAAGAACAUAUUUGCAUGA